UUAUAUUGGUCAUGUUUGUAUAACAUGUUUAUAUAUCUAAAAUUACUACCUUGUGAAAAGAAAACACGGGCGCUUCAGGUUGUGCCCGAGGGGGGCGGGACAAGCCCCAGUUCUCAAUGUCAGAGAGCGCGCGCAGACAUCAACCUCCCCAUGCGCAGCACCCAGAGAAAUGUCUCACUAUAUUGUACCAAUCGACUCCUGCUGUGUGUUUACCAAAUUCUUAUCUAAAAGGCAUCCCCAGAGCGCGGAGGUGUAGAUGAGUUCCUCCAGGAAAGUCACCGUGCUGCUUCUGUUGGUGGUCCUGACAGCGCAAGGCUGUUUGUCAUCUAAGGGGGAGGACAGGCUGUUCAGGAAGUUAUUCAGGAGAUACAACCAGUUCAUCAGACCAGUGGAGAAUGUCUCUGACCCUGUUACUGUGGAGUUUGAGGUGUCCAUGUCCCAAUUGGUCAAAGUGGAUGAAGUCAAUCAGAUUAUGGAGACCAAUCUAUGGCUGAGACAUGUCUGGAAUGACUACAAGCUAAAAUGGGUUCCCAUUGAAUAUGACGGACUUGAGUUCAUUCGUGUGCCCUCCAAUAAGAUAUGGAGGCCGGACAUUGUUCUCUACAACAAUGCUGUGGGAGAUUUCCUGGUUGAGGACAAGACCAAAGCUCUGCUGAAGUUUGACGGCACCAUCACCUGGAUCCCCCCCGCCAUCUUUAAAUCCUCCUGCCCCAUGGACAUCACCUACUUCCCGUUCGACUACCAGAACUGCUCCAUGAAGUUUGGCUCCUGGACCUACGACAAGGCCAAGAUCGACCUGGUGCUCAUAGGGUCAAAGGUGAACCUCAAAGACUUCUGGGAGAGCGGCGAGUGGGAGAUCAUUGACGCGCCGGGCUACAAACACGACAUCAAGUACAACUGCUGUGAGGAGAUCUACCCAGACAUCACCUACUCUUUCUACAUCAGACGCCUCCCUCUCUUCUACACCAUCAACCUUAUCAUCCCCUGUCUCCUCAUCUCCUUCCUCACCGUCCUCGUCUUCUAUCUCCCCUCUGACUGUGGAGAGAAGGUGACUCUCUGUAUCUCCGUCCUCCUGUCCCUCACUGUGUUCCUCCUGGUCAUCACUGAGACCAUCCCGUCUACAUCUCUGGUCAUCCCCCUCAUCGGGGAGUACCUCCUCUUCACCAUGAUCUUCGUCACCCUCUCCAUCGUCAUCACUGUGUUCGUGCUGAACGUCCACUACCGUACGCCCAUGACUCACACCAUGCCAGCCUGGGUCAGGUCUGUGUUCCUGGGGUUGCUGCCCAAGGUGAUGCUCAUGAGGAGGCCUGUAGACCACGGCUGCCCCUCCUCCGUGGGGAGUGGAUGUGUGGGAGGAGGAGGAGCGAGUGGAACGGGGAAGAAGAGGAAGAACAGCAUUGGGGGAGGAAUAGGGGGAGGGAUAGGGGGAGGGUGUGUGCAGGUGGAUGGGUUUGCGGUCGCAGCCGAAAGGGGGCAGGUGGGGGAGAUGAACUGUGUGGAGUACAGUGAAGUGCAAAACAAGCCGAAGUUCCCCUGUAAGGGGAAAGAGGUGCCCAUCCCCACCGUACCCCCAGUGGUGCCCCCUCCUGCCCCUUCUGAGCCGGACCUACCCAAACUGCCUCGAGCACCCAAUGCCCCGCCCAACGUUAGCGCAGUGGUGGCCUUCUCCGUGGUGUCACCAGAGAUCAAACAGGCCAUUGAGAGUGUCAAGUACAUCGCUGAGAACAUGAGGACACGCAACAAGGCCAAAGAGGUGGAGGAUGACUGGAAGUACGUAGCCAUGGUGAUUGACAGGAUCUUUCUGUGGGUGUUUGUGACGGUGUGUAUCACUGGAACUCUGGGACUGUUCCUACAGCCUCUCAUCGGCUUCUUCACAUGAACCAUGACACUACUCUUCUCUCCUCUCUUUCUUGUCUUUCUGUUUCCGUUAUCCUCUCAUUCUCUCCCAUCUUCAAUUUUUCCAUUCUCUCUCUGACACUCCCAUUAUUUAUUUCCUCUUCUACUGGCAUCUAUUGUCUUCCGGUCCAAAAGCAGGAAAAACUAUGAAAAACACAAUGGUCCAGGCUUUGCCUCGUUAUAACCAGUGAUUUACUGUGUAGCCCUGUUCUUAGGACAACUGUAUUCUUACUGAUGUGUUGCCAUUUCUGUUACUACCCCUGUAUUAUGCCAGUAGAGAAGUUAGUUCUUGUUCUAGACAUGAUGCCAAACGGAUCUAGAAUCUGUAGCUCUGUGCUAUAUGUAGUCAGUGGCUGAGUGAAGGAGUAAUUACAUGAUGCCUCUUUCUUAAUGGCGUACUGUACAUGUUAUGAUACUGUAGUCUACUGAUUUGUUCAUGAUAUAAAUCUGUUAUAUCUCUAUCUUCUGUCCCUAUCUCCACUCCUGUGCUAUGCUUAGGGCUAGGAGUAUUUCCUUACCAGGAACAACUCUAUGGAAAUACUCCUGGCCUGAGUUAUACUGUAUACACGACAUAUAUAGAUUAUGAAUGAUUAAUGAUGCUAAUUUUGAAUAUGGUUUCUGUACAGACACAUUUUUAUGACUUCAACAUCAUUCUCAUAAAUAUGUCAUGAUAGCAUGUUUGCAUCUCACAGUGGGGUUGACAAACCACUCAAUGUAAAUGUACCAACUGUAAAGACACUUUGAAAUGCACGCUGUAGAUUAAAACCUCUGUAAAAAUAUUUGA